AUGUUCUCCAAGAAGCAGUCCCCUGCCCUCGCUCCGGACGAGCGCUACUGCCGAGCCGGGGCCCCGAAGCGGGUCUUGGGAGCUGAGGAAGAUGCCGUGGGUGAUGGCUGCUCUCAGCAGCUGACAACUGCUAAUGUUCUCCGCUUCCUACUGCUGGUCCUGGUUCCAUGUAUCUGCGCUCUCAUUGUCCUGCUGGUCAUCCUGCUUUCCUUUGUUGGAACAUUACAAAAAGCCCACUUGAAAUCAAAUGAGAGUGAACCUAUAGCCACUGAUGGUGAAGUUCAAGUGCCUGAUGUUCUUCUUACAAAUACAAUUUACCCUGAGAGCACUACUACACAUCCCAACCAACACAUUCCCACCUGGACCACCCAUGCUUCUCUCCCAGGGGACCAAGGUCACAGGAACACGAGUGCCUGCAUGAACAUCACCCACAGCCAAUGUCAGAUGCUGCCCUACCACACCACGCUAACACCUCUCUUCUCAAUUGUCAAAAACAUGGAAAUGGAGAAGUUCCUCAAAUUCUUCAUGUACCUCCACCGCCUCAGUUGCUAUCAACAUAUCAUGCUUUUUGGCUGUAGCCUUGCCUUCCCCGAGUGCGUCGGUGAUGGUGAUGACAGUCACGGACUCCUGCCCUGUCGGUCCUUCUGUGAGGCUGCAAAAGAGGGCUGCGAGUCAGUCCUGGGGAUGGUGAACGCCUCCUGGCCCAAUUUCCUCAAAUGCUCCCAGUUUAGAAACCAAACCGAAAGCAGCAACAUCAGCAGGAUUUGCUUCUCACCAGAGCAGGAAAAAGGAAAGCAAGCGUUCUGUGGAGGGGGCGAGAGCUUUCUGUGCGCCAGCGGGAUCUGCAUCCCCGGGAAACUGCAGUGCAACGGCUACAACGACUGCGACGACUGGAGCGACGAGGCUCACUGCAAUUGCAGCCAGAAUCUGUUCCGCUGUCACACGGGCAAGUGUCUUAAUUACAGCCUUGUGUGUGAUGGAUAUGAUGACUGUGGGGACCUGAGUGAUGAACAAAACUGUGACUGCAGCCCCACGAAGGAGCACCGCUGUGGAGAUGGGCGCUGCAUCGCGAUGGAGUGGGUGUGCGACGGCGACCAGGACUGCCUGGACAAGUCUGACGAGGUCAACUGCUCCUGCCGCAGCCAGGGCCUGGUGGAGUGCAGGAGCGGCCAGUGCAUCCCCAGCACUUUCCGGUGCGAUGGGGACGAGGACUGCAAGGACGGCAGUGAUGAGAAGAACUGCAGCUACAGUCAGACUCCAUGUCAAGAAGGCGGCCAAACAUGCCUCUACAAUUCCUGCCUUGAUUCAUGUGCUGGUAGCUCUCGUUGUGACCCCAACACCAGUCUGAAUAACUGUAGUCAAUGUGAACCAAUUACCUUGGAGCUCUGCAUGAAUUUGCCCUACAACUAUACACAUUACCCAAAUUACCUUGGCCACAGGACUCAGAAGGAAGCAUCCAUCAGCUGGGAGUCCUCUCUUUUCCCUGCACUUGUUCAAACCAACUGUUACAAAUAUCUCAUGUUCUUUGCCUGCACCAUCUUGGUACCGAAAUGUGAUAUGAAUACAAGCCAACGUAUCCCCCCUUGCAGAGCUCUGUGUGAACACUCCAAAGAACACUGUGAGUCUGUUCUUGGGAUCGUGGGCCUACAGUGGCCUGAAGACACAGAUUGCAACCAGUUUCCCCAGGAAAAUUCAGACAAUCAAACCUGCCUAAUGCCUGACGAAGACGUGGAAGAAUGCUCACCUAGUCACUUCAAGUGUAACUCAGGACGGUGCGUUCUGGCCUCCAGAAGAUGCGAUGGCGAGCCCGACUGUGACGAUGACAGCGAUGAGGAAAACUGUGGCUGUAAAGAGAGAGGUUUGUGGGAAUGUCCAUCCAGCAAACAGUGUUUGAAGAGCACAGUCAUCUGUGAUGGGUUCCCAGACUGCCCCGAUAAUAUGGACGAAAUAAACUGCGCAUUUUGCCAAGAGGAUGAACUGAAGUGUGCAAACCACGAGUGCGUGUCCCGUGACGGGUGGUGUGACGGUAAAGCGGACUGCUUGGACAGCUCAGACGAAUGGGACUGUGUGACCCUCUCUAAAAAGGAGAACUCCUCGUCAUUCCUGACUGCUCACAGGUCUGCCACAGAACACCACGUGUGUGCAGAUGGCUGGCAGGAGACCUUGAGUCAGCUGGCCUGCAAGCAGAUGGGUUUAGGAGAACCGUCUGUGACCGAGUUCAUACAGGAACAGGAGCAAGGCCAGCAGUGGCUGACGUUAGACGCCGACUGGGAGAGCCUCAACGGGACCACUCUGCAUGAACUGCUGGUGAAAGGGCAGUCUUGCCACAGCAGAAGUAAGAUUUCUCUUCUGUGCGCUAAACAAGACUGUGGGCGCCGCCCUGCUGCCCGAAUGAACAAGAGGAUCCUCGGGGGCCGGACGAGUCGCCCUGGAAGGUGGCCCUGGCAGUGCUCCCUGCAGAGUGAGCCCAGUGGGCACAUCUGUGGCUGUGUCCUCAUUGCCAAGAAGUGGGUCCUGACAGUCGCCCACUGCUUUGAGGGGAGAGAGAACGCCUCCGUGUGGAAGGUGGUGUUUGGCAUCAACAAUCUCGACCACCCAUCGGCCUUCGUGCAGGUGCGCGGGGUGAGGACCAUCAUCCUGCACCCGCGCUACAGCCGCGCGGUGGUGGACUACGACAUCAGCAUCGUGGAGCUCAGCGCCGAGGUGCAGGAGACCAGCUACGUGCGGCCCGUCUGCCUGCCCAGCGCCGAGCAGGCCUUGGAGCCCGACACGUACUGCUACAUCACAGGCUGGGGCCACAUGGGCAGCAAAAUGCCCUUCAAGCUGCAGGAGGGAGAAGUCCGGGUGAUUUCUCUGGAGCAGUGUCAGUCCUACUUCGACAUGAAGACCAUCACCACCCGGAUGAUAUGUGCCGGCUACGAGUCCGGCACAGUGGACUCGUGCAUGGGGGACAGCGGCGGGCCUCUUGUUUGUGAGCAGCCUGGAGGACAGUGGACAUUGUUUGGCCUGACUUCAUGGGGCUCCGUCUGCUUUUCCAAAGUCCUGGGGCCUGGAGUUUAUAGCAAUGUGUCCUACUUCACCGAAUGGAUUGAGAGACAAAUAUACAUUCACACCUUCCUCCUAAACUGA